AAAACGUAACAAGAUAUUGACAGUUAAACGCCAUUUUGAUAUUUUCAAAACUUUUCUUUUCGGUAUGCAAGAUGGUGUCAAUUUCCAAAAUUCCAAAAAUGUAUCCAUACGUCUCAAGAUCCGAAUCUAGCCCAAAACCUAUUAGCUCAAAUUCUAAAAUUUCAACAGCAAAAAAAAGAAUACCUCCACAUCUGCUGCGGGAACACAAUGAUCUGUUGUUAUUUCUGCAAGUAGCUCAAAGAGAGAGGCUGAUCAUGCAACAGAAAUACGAUCAAUUACUGGAGAAAUACGAAGAUCUAUUAAAGGUAAACGAAGAAUUGACCUCAAAUUUAAAAGACUAUCAGCAGAAGUUGGAAGUUUCUAACGAUAAUUUUGCUGUAAACAGGAAACAAUCUCAAAUAAAAUAUAAAAAUCUUGAAAGAGAACUUAUCGAAGCUAAACAUGAAAACGAUAACCUAAAAACAGUAAUCGAUAAUAAUAGAAACAGAAAUAUAGAAACCGUAGACAAAGAAUUAAAACUCUUACAAGACAGCUACACUAAAUUAGAAGAAAAGAACGCAGAGCUAGCAGAAAAAUGGGAUAAAUACAAAACUAAAUUAAAAUAUUCAAUAUCUGUAGUUAACGAACUUAAUAACUUAAUAUUAGAAGUCACUAAAAGACCAAAAACCUUCAACACCCAAACCCAAACGUAUAUAACAGAAUUUCAAAAAUCCACAACAACUACAUCAUCCAGUAGCAGCAGCAGUAAUAGCAGUAUCAACAGGAACUUACGCAAUAUUAACAGUAUCGAUAAUAUCAUUUCUGGUAGUACAUUGAGAUGUGGUAUUCCCAAUGGUAAAUUACAAAGUGAUGAUCUGCUCUUAUCGGACAUAUUAUUCAAACCGCAAACAUUUGAAGACGAUUUGGUAUUGGUCAAGAAAGAUUCAUGGGCAGGGAUAUUAGAAAAUGUGUAAAUAAAUGUAUUAAUGAACAAAUUAAUUAAAAAAUGUCUACCAAU